AUGAUACAUGACUACCUCAUGGCAGGUGGGUUCUAUGGUGACCCGUUCGUGGUUGGCUCGUUGGUCAACAUGUAUGCCAAGGUUAGGGAUGCGACCAUCGCGCGAAGGCUGGUUCUUGGAUUACCCUGUAGGGAUGUUAUUUUUUGGACAGCCAUCAUAUCAGGGUGCAUGCUCAAUGGGAUGCUAGCAGAAGCCCUCAAGGUGUUCGUCAUGAUGCUGGAAGAUGGCAUCCUCCCCAACAAUGUCACAAUGUUGAGUGUCAUUCAAGCCUGCUCUUUGAUGGGUGCAUUAGGAUUGUUCGGUCCUGUGCAUGCUCUUGUUGUUCGGUUGGAGCUUGAGGAUAACGAAUCAGUGAUGAAUUCUCUUAUUGCGAUGUAUGCAAAGAAGGGAUUUGUUAAAGAGGCCAUGCGACUUUUCGUGGAUUGUUGA